AUGCCCACGUCAUCAAAAGAGGUGGUCCCUUAUACUCCUCGAGUCUCAGACCUGAACAUGGCAGGAAAAAUCACCGUUAGUACUUUCUCUUUGGAAUGGCCAAAGUGUGUCUUUGACUCAUUUGUCAAUGCCUCUGACAACAUCUGGUUGGUAGUCACCUUCGCUAAUGCCACAACUAACUUCCAGAACCCCACAUCCAUAGACAAAAUUCCACCGUACGAAGAUUUAUAUACCACUUUCUCCUUCAUGACAAUGAAGUCCACCCUCUCCCAAUACCCAUGUACUAAAGGCAAAGCGACGAACGUGCUCCGGGUCGGCAAUGAAUCAUCCUGCAAAAAUGAUGACACCAAGACCCACUGCAAUGGCCCUCUGCCCUCCGCUGGACCUUACAGAGUAAAAUUCCUCGCCAUGAACUCCUCGGGUUCGAAAGCAGAAACAAGAUGGUCUUCUCCAAUCUGGCUGACUAAAGGAAGAAAUGAUCACACAAUAGACACUUGGCCUGGACGACGUAGUGGAGACAUGAUUGUCAUCACUGUCAUUCUCUCCGCUCUCUGUGGAGUCGUCACCAUUGGGUUCCUGAGCACCGUCUGUUACGAAUGCUUCAAGCGUUGGCGCCCCAGUCCACCUGAGAACCAAGAGGAGCAGGCCCCGGAGCCUUUCCAAGGCAGCCGCUAUGACACCCAUCACAUUCCCCCUGCCCCACCUGGGCCCCCUCCUCCACCACCUGCUGCAGAUAUGCCUGGCUCUCAUCACGCCCUUUAG